AUGACUUCAAAUUCCCUGAUAGAAGCGGGCUCAAUUGUUAUGCUUCGAGCCAUAGAACUUGAGAAACAAUUAAAAUUUACUGAAAGUUUGACAUGCUAUGAAGAAAGUAUUGGUUUAUUCAUCAAAGCUCUUCGUUCUAUUCCUGAUAAUACACAACCAGAAUUCAAAGACAGAUUCAGACUAAAAGUUUCAGAGUAUAUAACACAUGCAGAAAAACUUAAGGAAAAACUUAAAAAGGAAUCGGAAAAUGGAAAUUAUCACGAACAAGUUGUUAUAGAGGAAGGUGCUACUGGUUACAGUUACAAGAAGGUUUUUGGAAGAUUUCUUGAAGAUGGUACAGUUAGCAAAGUUUGGGUGGAAGAUCCGUAUAUCAGAAAUAGUUAUCAAAUUGAGAAUUUUUCUCACUUUUGUGAAGUCAUCGUUCAAUCAGUGUCGAAGGUAAAAAAUAUUUAUUUGACCACCGGAGAAGAUGCCCAGCAUCCAGAUGAACAAAUAGAAAAGUUUAAAAUGUUAAAGGGUGAUUUAGAAAAGCAUUCAGUUACUUUUGAGUGGACAUUCUCGGAUACCUUACAUGAUCGAGAGAUACGAUUUGAUAGUGGAUGGAUUGUUAAAAUUGGUCGUGGGUUGGAUUAUAUACGUCGGCCUGAACAUAAAUUUUGUGGUCUCGGUGUACAUGACUAUGACUUUCGGACAUGUUCUGCAACAACUAUUGACAUAUUUCAUUCUUCUAUUUUACGUCAAGAUACAUAA